AUAAUAAACUGGUCAAGUCACUAAACUGUCCAGCUUCUUCCCUCGCUGUUUGUAGAGCAAAACCCUAAUAAAAGCCAUUCGACAGAAGUGAUGGUCGCCAAUUUUUGUUUGGGAUUAUUGAUGAAUGAAUAUAAUUCCAGCUACAGCUACAGGAGCAUCAAUUUUGUAAGAGGUUGGCGGUGGGCUCGUUAUGCUGCUCUCUGUGCACCGCAUUUUCGAAGACCAUUUUCAUCAAAAACGUUGUUAGAAUCUGGAAAAGAUAAAGCAGAAGAACAAGAACGUUCUUUUACAGUGUCUUAUCUCGUUAGUUCAUGUGGGUUCUCUUCAGAAAAUGCUCUGUCAUUGUCUAAGAAAGUAAACUUUGAAAACCCAGAAAGACCAGAUUCUGUCCUUGAUCUUCUCAGAGAAUAUGGAUUUGCUGAUUCCCAAAUCUCCAAACUUGUUCAUAAAGUCCCAAAGCUGCUUUUGUCUGAUUCUAAGAAGAGACUCUUGCCCAAACUUGAAUUUUUGCGUUCUAUAGGCCUUUCUGGUGAAAGCCUCGCUCACACCAUCUGUACAAACCCUGUUUUCUUGACAGCAAGCUUGGAGAACACUCUCAUCCCUGGUUAUAAUUUCUUCAAAAGAGAACUCCUCAGUGAUGAAAAAAUUGUAAACGUUAUAAAACGCUCAUUAUGGGGUAUUUUAGGUAAUAGGGCGCAAAGCAUUGUUGCUCAAAAUCUCAGAGUCUUGAGAUCACUUGAAGUGCCACAAUCCUCUAUCUCUGUACUGGUGAGCUGUCACCCUGGCGUGGUAUGCCAAAAACCGGAGGUCUUCAACAAAGAUGUGGAGGAGGUUAUCCGUUUGGGAUUCAACCCUAUGACAUUAGCAUUUGUCAAUGGACUCCAAGUGAUUUCGAAAAUGACUAAAUCGACAUGGGAACACAAAAUGGAGGUUUACAGGAGGUGGGGCUGGACUGAAGAUGAGAUCUUGUUGGCUUUUAGAAAGAAACCCACUUGUAUGUAUUUGUCAGAAAAGAAUAUUGUAAGUAAAAUGGAUUUUCUUGUAAACAAGAUGGGGUGGCAGCCUGCAGAUCUGGCCAGAGUUCCUGGGGUUCUAACUCUUAGUCUAGAGCAGAGAAUCAUUCCAAGGUGUUCUGUCAUUAGAGUUCUGAUGGCAAAGGGCUUGCUGAAGAAAAAGUUUACCCUAUCUUCAUUGUUGGUUAGCGUUGACAGUUCCUUUAUUAGUAGGUUUGUGGUAAACUAUCAAGAAACUGUGCCUCAACUGUUGGAUAUCUUUCAAGGGAAAUUGAGUCUUCAAGAACUUGACUUUCAAUUUGAGGAAAAAUGAAUGCCGAAAAACUUGUAGAAUCAAACACUACUAGUUCAUUGGCGCCUUCAGGAAAUUGGCCUUUUGAGGAAAAAUGAGGACCAAAAAAUUGUAGCAUCAAGCACAAAUACAUUUAUGCACAAUUCCCCUUGUUCGCUGCUAAUUUAAGCACGUCGAUGCUCAAUUGUUUUUACUUUCAGAAACUCCACAGGUAUGUUCCAUUGUCUGCAUUCAGUUUAUAAAUAUGUAUGCAUGUGUGUAUAUGUGUGUGUUGCUUUGAUCACAUGAAACUCCACAGAUUUGUUCCAUUGUCUGCUUAAUCCUCUUGCAGGAUCAGAUAACUUGGUUCCCGCUUUUUUUCCUUAACAUCUGAUUCUGCACAUGUGAUUUCUUUCCAUUUUCUUUUUAUUUUAUCCAUGAUCUGGGUUUA